UCAAAAUAAAGAAUUUAACAGAAUCAGAUCAUUGCACGACACGAAAAGACAUCAAGUAAUAGUUCUAAUAAAUAUAAAUAUAUUUAUAAACAUAUAAUAUAUAUUUGUGUAUAAAUAAUUUAAUAAUGAAGUCCCAAGAUAGACUUCACUUGAAAUGGAACGAUCACUCAAACUGCUUUUUACAGGCUUUUUUCCAGUAUUUAGUCACCGAUCGUAUGGUUGAUGUUACACUAUCUUGUCAAGGAAAACUUAUUAAAGCACACAAAAUUAUACUUUCAGCAAGCAGUAGUUAUUUUGAGGAUCUUUUCAAGUUGCACAAGCAAAACGAGGUUAUUAUAGUUCUUAAUUCAAUUUCUGCACGUCAAUUAAUGUUAAUGAUACAGUAUAUAUAUACUGGGGAAAUACAUAUCGAAGAAGAUGAUUUGUAUGACUUUUUGUUGGUUGCUGAGCAGCUACAAAUUAAAAGUUUAAAGGACGUACUGUCUAAAUUGAAUUACAAGGGUACAAAUUGUUUACUGAAUAAUGCUGCAAGCGGUGAUGUAGUUGCUGAGGAGAAACUUACAAAUGUGGAUGCUGAGAACACACAUAAUUUUAUCAAUGAUGAAGAGCCAUCAAGCCCUCCGGAUUCAACAAGUACUUCCACAGACAUGUUAGAACCUCAAGAGCAAAAUAACAACACAAUGCAUUUAGAAGAUGCUCCAAUGUUUCGAACACAAAUGAGUAUAAAAAAGACUCCAAAAAUUCGUAUUCGUAGAGCACCCAAUGCUUUCAUGAUAUUUUCUAACCAGUGGAGGAAAAAAUUAGCAAACGAACACAAAGAAGAGAGUAAUAAAAAUAUAUCUGUACGUCUUGGUUUAAUGUGGAAAAGUUUAGAUCAAGACGAGAAAGCUAAAUAUUAUUUAGAAGCCAAAAAUAUGGUUGAAGAAUAUAAAUUGAAGCACCCAGAUGCAGAUCAUUCUAAUGAAGGACGUAAACGUAAAAAACGCAAAAGGGAAGUUUUGCAAAAACAGAUUAAUAUUUCAUCUGAUUUAGAGACACCGAUGAAAUUGGAAAAACUAUCAAGCGGAUAUACAGAAAAUGAUUGUGAAUCAACUGAAAGUGCAGAUAAAAUAAAAGUGGAUCCUCAACCAGAUUUUCAACCAGAACUAAGUGAUGUAAUAAAUGCAAUCAUCGGAAAAGGAGUAACAAAUUGUAUUAUUGAAAAUAAUAAUAUUGUUACUCGAGCUGAAAUCGAACCGGCUUUAUUUGUAAAGGAAGAAAUUUUGCAAGAUGAUGACAGCGAUUAA